CCUUUCUGUAGAAUCGCUAAGUCAAACCAUCGUGCCUGCUUUUCAUUCUUUAGGUUUUCUGAAAAAAAAUAAAUAAUCUUUUGGUUUCUCUCCAACUGACAGGCCAGAAGUAAAUUAUACACUAAUGGAUAUUUUGUUUGGAUCGAUUCAUGUUCGAGAGCUCCUUUCAACUCAGGAUUUUGAAGAAUCUUCUCCACUAUCAGCUCCGGAUCUCCGCCUCCUAAUUGAUCGACUUCAAAUCCGAUCAUUCCAUAUAAAGGAUAAGGUUCAGGAUUACAUCCUUUCUCACAAUAAAGAUUUCUCUGAGAUAUUCUCACGUUGCUCUGAAGCCGUUUCACGGACUGAAAACAUCUCUGGAGAUGUCUCCAAUAUUCUACAGCUUAUCUCUGAUAACCCAAUCGAUAUUGAGAUUCAGAACACAGUGGCAGAGAUCAAUAGUACACGGAAAGAAUUGAAGGAGCGGAAGGAAUUAUUGGUUUUAGUUCAAACGAUGGUGAAUCUGAUUCGCAGGUUGAGGUCGGUGAGUGAGGAUUUGGGGACUGGGCGGUUAAUAAAUGCGGCAGAAGCACUGAGGGAUUUGAAGAAAGCAUUAGUGAUUCAUGAUGAGGAGCUUAAGGGGAGAGAACCGCUGGUUUUUAGUUUGUUGAGGAAAGAGUGGAUGGAUUGCUUCGAUGAGGUUCAAACGGUACUUGUGAGAUUGAUGGAAAAUGCUAUACGCUUUGAGCCAGAGAGUGGUAUUGUGAGAGUUAAGUUUCAGUUGGCUAUGGAUGGGGCUGAUGGGGUUGAGUUAAAUAGCGUUUUAACAGCAAUGGAUAUAGUUGGCAGUCUUGAUUAUGGGCUUGCAAAGAUAGCAGACUCUAUGAUGAAGUGUAUCAUUACUCCAUUAGUGAGUAAAGGGCAUCCCGGUGUUUCAAUAGAAGAAUCAAGUCAAAAGUACGGGGGAAUGGCUGAAGCAAUUCUCAAUUUGGUUCUUUCUUUUGAUUCUAAGGUUGAAUGCAGGGAUUGUGCAACUAUAUAUUCAGAUAUUACUCAGGUAAUUAAGUUCAUUUACAAAUCCAUAUGCUUUGAGAAUGGUCGAUGGAUGGCAUGUUUUGGAAGAUUAACGUGGCCAAGGAUCUCAGAGCUGGUUAUUUCUAGCUUUCUUUCCCAGGCUGUUCCUGAUGAUGCUUCCAAGCUCACAGAAUUUCGAAAAAUCAUCAAGCUAUCAUCUGAUUUUGAGACUGUUCUAAAGGAGAUGAUGUUUAUUUCAUCAUCUGAUAGCAGGGAUGAAAGGUUGAGCAAUUUUGCACAAAAUGUUGAAGUUCACUUUGCAUCUCGGAAGAAGAAGGAAAUAUUAGCAAAGGCUAGAAAUGUUCUUCUACAAUGUGACUUCACUCUUCCUCCAGAUUAUAUGACGAAAGGUUCUACACCAGAGGCUCAGGGAGAAAAUUUUUCCAAGCAUGCUGUUGAUUUGCUUUUCUUGCCCAGGAGGUGUGUAGUGUCUAAAGCAGCUCUGUUACUUAUGGAGCUAGUGCAUCAGACACUUCAGGAUCUAUGCUUGUCAACUCCAAGAGUGGCUAUGGAAUUUUAUCAUGCUGCGAGGGAUGCUCUACUUCUCUAUGAAGCUGUUGUACCUGUCAAGCUAGAGAAGCGGUUUGAUAGCAUAAACCAAGUUCCGAUACUCGUGCAUAAUGACUGUCUUUAUCUUUCUCAUGAGAUUCUUGGCCUUGCAUUUGAGUAUCGUUCAGACAUCCCAAGUUCUCUAAUGGAACAUGCAGUUUUUGUUGACAUGGGGCCAAGGUUUCAACAGAUGGCUGAAGAUGUACUUGAGAAACAAAUUCAACUAAUUAUCUUUAACUUGAAAGAGGCCAUAGAUUGUGCGAAUGGGUUUCAGAAUACACAUCAAAUGCAACAAUAUGAGUGUGCAAAGUUUUCUAUAGAUCAGGUUGUCUUCACCCUUGAGAAAGUGCAUAUUAUUUGGGAGCCUCUUUUGCUGCCUCAAACAUACAAGAGAAGCAUGUGCAUAGUGCUUGAAUCUGUUUUUUCUAGAAUAAUGGAGGACAUACUCCUUUUAGAUGAUUUGGCGGCAGAGGAGACAUUACAGCUUCAGAGGCUGAUCCAUUUGACACUAGAGAGCUUAUCUUCCUUGUUUGAGUCCCUAAUGUUCAUCAAUGGAAAAGGGAAACUACAAGAGGAUGUCAGAGAUAUUCAAAUAGAUGAGCUGAUUCCAUCUUUACGUAAACUACGUAAAUUGGCAGAUUUAUUAGACAUGCCCUUAAAAUCCAUUACAACAACUUGGGAGAGUGGAGAACUGGCUAAUUGUGGCUUCACAGCUUCUGAGGUAGAAAAUUUUGUUAAAGCCAUAUUUACAGAUUCUCCAUUGAGAAAGGAAUGUUUAUGGAGGAUAGAUGAUGAGAGUUUUUAGAAGUCAAUGUCGUGGAGAUCGUAGUGUAUCUGUGACAUCAGCAUUUUGUACUGACCCAAUCCUUGGUGCUAAUGAAAAUCAUCGAAAAGAAAGUGUAAUUUUCCAAUUGUAGUUUGGUGUAUUUAGUCCAUAAUCAGGAUACUUUUGUCUUUUAAGCUGUAAGAUACCUUCUUUUGAAGGGUAAAUUCUGGUUUCACUUGACAGUGCUUUUUUACUUAGGUGAAGAAAGAGGAAAAGAAAAGAUGGUUGAAAUGAUAUUUAGUAGUUACAACAGCUUCUAAU